ACAUGCGUCAAAAUUGGCAACUUGCCAGCAUAUCCCGGGAUUGCAGUUUCGGUUUUGCUUUGAGCAUGAGUGGACAGAAUUCAUUUGGGUCUCCGGAUCAAAUGAGUUAAGUCUCGAGUGGGAAGGUUACGAUGUUGGACCGCGCUAUAACUUGGAUCGUGGUGUUGCUGGUUCUGUCUUUGGUCGGAGCCGAACAGCGGACAUAUUUUAUCGGAAUCCGUGAGGAAAACUGGGACUAUACGCCAGCUCAAGAAGGUGGAGAGUAUAGAAAGGCUGUGUACAGGCGGUACAAGGACGACUCUUACACUACCGAGGUCCCCAAACCCAAAUGGCUGGGCUUCCUUGGACCGGUCAUCCGGGCGCAGGUUGAUGAUGUCAUCGUGGUGCACCUGAAGAACUUUGGACGUCGACCCUAUUCUAUACACCCCCACGGGCUCUUCUACACCAAGGACUCAGAGGGUGCACUUUACCCUGACAACACUUCAGGUCGUUUGAAAGCUGAUGAUGCAGUUCCUCCAGGCCAAAGCCACACCUACACCUGGGCCGUCCAAUCAGAUUUCGCUCCUGCCGAGGGCGACGCCCCCUGCCUCAGCUGGGCCUAUCACUCGCAUGUCGACGCCCCCAAAGACAUCGCAUCAGGACUCAUAGGACCACUACUGACCUGCAGGAAAGGAUAUCUGCAGGAGGAGAAGAGUGACGGUGUGGGUGUGGAGUUCUUCUUGAUGUUCAGUGUGGUGGAUGAGAACCUGAGCUGGUACCUCAACGAGAACAAUCCAAGCGGAACCGACCCAAACGACGAGGACUUCUUCACGUCCAACCUCAAACACUCCAUAAAUGGGUACAUGUUUGACACACUGCCGGGGCUGAGUGUGUGUGUGGGUGAUCGGGUGGCGUGGCAUCUGAUGGGCAUGGGCAACGAGGCGGAUGUUCACUCCGCCCACUUCUAUGGCCACACCCUCUUGGAGCGCGGGCACCGCCGUGAUGUCAUCAGUGUGUUCCCGGCCACCUUCACCACGGCAACCAUGAUCCCCACGACAACCGGGAGAUGGAGGCUAAGCUGCCUGGUCAACGAGCAUAUGGAAGCUGGCCUGCAGGCGUUCUACGAGGUGAGCUCAUGCUCCCCCUCUAUCGCCACGGAGACCAGCGGAAGGAAGCGGCAUUAUUACAUCAGAGCUGAGGAGCAGGAGUGGGACUACGGACCCCUGGGAGUCGACACCUUCACUGGGAAACCCCUCACAGAGCCCGACAGUGAUUCCGAGGUGUUCUUUGAGAAAGGGGGCGGGGCUCUGGGUGGGCGGUACCUGAAGGUGCGCUACGUGCGCUACACCGAUGACACGUUCAGCACACGCCACCACGCUGACACACACCUCGGCAUUCUGGGUCCAGUAAUAGCAGCUGAGGUUGGAGACGUCGUCGUGGUAACGUUCUUCAACAGCGCUUCUAGAAACUACAGCAUGCAGCCGCACGGACUGCAGUACGACAAGCAGCAUGAAGGAGCUGAAUAUGGUGUGAGUAGGGGCGGAGCCUCUGUGGCUCCAGGAGGGAAGUUCACCUAUCAGUGGAGAGUACUGGAAGGUCCCGCCCCCUCAGACCCCCCCUGUCAAUCAUACCUGUAUUACUCCGCCCACAAUCCCGUGCGCGAUACCAACUCUGGCCUGGUGGGGGCGCUUAAGAUCUGCAGGAAGGGAGAGCUGGACCAGAUGGACAAGCAGCGGAAGGUGGAUAAGGAGUACUUCCUGCUGUUUGGGAUCUUUGACGAGAAUCAGAGCUGGUACCUUCAGGAGAACAUCCGUUCCUAUGGAGAUGGAAGCAGUGAUCCAAAGGAUGCUGGAUUUAUAGAGAGCAAUAAAAUGCAUGGUGUGAACGGGCGUCUCUAUGGUAACCUGCAGGGGCUGGAGGUGUGUGUGGGGAAUCGUGUGGUCUGGCACACUCUUGGCCUUGGCAGCCAGGUGGAUAUCCAUGGUGUCUAUUUCCAAGGCAACGUCUUCCGUCACCAUGGUAACACACGCGACACACUCAACCUCUUCCCUCACACCAGUGCCACGGUCACCAUGACAACCCACAGAAGCGGUAACUUCUCAGUGAGCUGCAGGACGACAGAUCACUUUGUGGCUGGAAUGAAGCAGAACUACAUCGUAUCACCCUGCGCCUCCUCCACACACACACACACACACACACACACACCCUCACUCACACCCAGCGCACACUACUUCCUGUCUGCGGAGGAAGUGGAGUGGGACUACGCCCCCAACAGAGCUUGGGAGCUGGAGAAGCACAACAGCACUGCAGAGGACAGUCCUGGCGGUGUGUUUGUGGAGAGGGGGGAGGAGCGGAUUGGCUCGCGCUACAAGAAGGUCAUGUUCCGCCAGUACACAGACUCCUCCUACACCACCCGCCAGCCAAUCACAGAGCAGGACACACACCUGGGCAUUCUGGGACCUAUUUUGAGAUUGCAGGUCGGUGAGCAGGUGUGUGUGACCUUGAAGAACAUGGCCAGCCGUCAUUACUCUCUCCACGCCCACGGGGUGGAGCCAGAGCCCCUGCACCAAUCAGAAGUCGCUCCAGGGGAAACCAGGAAGUACCUGUGGAAUGUUCCGGAAAGAGUCGGCCCCAGCGACCCCAACGACCCCAACUGCAUCACCUACGCCUACUACUCCACCGCCAACUACGUCAGGGACCUGGCGAGCGGUUUGGUGGGGCCGUUGAUUGUGUGUCGGCGCGGUGUGCUGGAUGAGAGGCGUCGCCGUGGCGAUGUGGAGCGGGAGUUUGCGCUGCUCUUCAUGGUGUUCGAUGAGAACGAGUCGUGGUACCUGCAGGAGAACAUCAGAACACACACCAGCAACACACACCUGGACCUCAAUGAGCCACACUUCAUGGAGAGCAACAAGAUGCACAGCAUCAAUGGGCGCCUGUAUGGUACUCUGCCGGGUCUGGACAUGCAGGAGGGCGAUAAGACGGACUGGUACCUGCUGGGCCUCGGCAACGAAGUGGACAUGCACACCGUACACUUCCACGCCCACACCUUCACAUACCAGGAAACGAGCACACACCGUGCAGAUGUUUUCGAUCUUUUCCCCGGAACUUUCCAGACGGUGUCAUUGACCGCAAAGCAUGCUGGGACAUGGCUACUGCACUGUCAUGUUGCUGACCACAUUCAUGCUGGCAUGGAGACGACCUACACGAUACACCCAGGAAACCAAAGAUCAAAGACCACAUUGGCCCCUGGCACAGGAGACCAUGAAGGACAACGCAAAAAUGCAGAGAGAAGCAGAAAUGGUGUCAUAGCAGUUGCGGUGGUCACCGUGGUUGCCGUGGUUCUGCUCGGGGUCUGUGUUGCCGUCACGAUUAAAAUCCGUCGUCAGAGAACUGCAGCGCCCCCAUCUGAACUGGAGUUGGCCGAGAGGGAAAGAUUACAAGCAGAUACACAGCCAUCAACCACCCCACACACACACUGACACAUGCACAUUAACAUGGACAUGAACGCACAGACACACACACACACACACACACACACACACACACACACACUCUAACAUGAACACACACACACACACAUUAACAUAAACAUGAACACACACACACACACACACCAUAGUCUAAUAUCAAUGCCCACCUGCCCCCCCCCCCCCCCCCCCCACACACACACACACACACCAUAGUCUCACAAUACCAACCCCCCCACAUACACACACACCUGACAGACAUGAUCACGUGUGCAAUCUACUGUUUGUUUAGUGGUAUUUGUACUCCUGCAGCCGAUUGCACCAGCUGAACGUAAGUUCCGUCCUCAUUUAAACUGUGGAAUUGUUAAAUGUAACAAAGUAUAAGUCGAGAGGAGUUACAUACGCGACCGAUUACACACAUUUAAUUUACUUGAGCAGUGUUUGAAUCAUGUUAUUGGAAAUCGUAGGCCUAUGGACAUAUAUAACACCCACAAAUGUAAUAACUUCCCACAAAUGUAAUAAACCACAAACGUAAUAAAAAUAUGCACUUUUAAAAUUUAAUAAUCCUGCAAACGUAAUAAUUUCCCAUAAAUGUAAUAAGUCGCCUACUGUUAACGUAAUAAAAAAUGUCCCACAAACAUGCCACUGUAUCAGGUUUUAAGCUCUGACAGCAGACUACAUGGUUAGAAAUAUGAGUUCACUGACAAACAAGCUCCAACGUAACAAUUUCACCAAAUCUGUGAUUUAUUACGUUUAUGGGAGGGUAAUGUCAUAAUUUUUUUCAAUGUUCCCACCAAUGUAAUAAUAUCCUGCAUAAAAUACAGUUAUACGAGUAGUCACAUGACCAAGUAUGGUGAGACAAAAAAAUUUGCGCUGCGCGCCAGAUCCAGAGAGUGAACGCAUUGAAACGUGAGAGGUAUGUAUCAACUCGUCUUAAUUAAGGGAAUGACUAAUUUAAUAUGAGUUUAAUAUGAGUUUAUGAGUUUAAUAUGAAAAACGGUGAAGUGUUCCUUUAAGACACAACUUACACCUAAACUUAUGAUCAACCUUACGUUCGACUGAUGCAAUCGGCUGCUGAGUUACACAUAAGGUGAUAACAGCUGCUCACAAAUCACUGCAUGUAUGUUUGUUAUGAGUUCUAAUUGUCGGUUUUGUGCAUUGUGAUGCCUGUAUGUUGUUUGUUAUGAGUUCUAACUAGCCCCGUUUCCAUGGACACUUCUAUUCCGAUUAGAAACGGAAUAACAGCUCGGAAUAAAAAUCGUCAUAUAAACACCUCAAUCGGAAUGGAAAUUCCUGAUCCGAUCAGAAUUUUAAUCGGAAUGGAAGAGGUGGUGUAGUCCGUUCUUAUUCCGAAUGAACACCCAUAUAUACGGUCAUUCAGAUUGACUGCUAUAUCUUCCCAAUGAAAAGUAAGGAACAACGGCUAUUCCAAUCAAAGAUUUUAAAGCGCUUGAAUAGAAAGUGCCAUGUAAACAGACGGCGCAAAAAUGUUCAAUCGGAAUUACAAAAGAACUGUCCAUGUAAACGUGGCUACUGUUUGGUUUGUGCAUUGUGAUGCCUGUAUGUUUGUUAUGAGUUCUUCUUAUAGUUUGUUUUGUGUAUUUUGUAUGGUGUUGAUAAUGUAUGGACAUUGAUUGCAGGUUGUUUUGUUUAAUACGAGUCACUGUUUGUUCUGUGUAUUAUAUGUGGCCAUUUUUUCAGUGUUGUUUUAUAGAUUAUGUGUGUUUAUUGUUUCUACAGUAUGUUGUCUUGGGUAUUUUUGGUUAGGGCUGCAAUACUGAAUUGAUUGAUUAAUUGUCAACUAUCAUUUUAUAACACUUAUUUUAUUAAUCUGUUUGUAUUAUUUAAGGACAAUAAAUAUAUGUAACAAAUAACCUCAGAAUGCUCUGAUAUAUGUCCAGCUUUAUUUACUCCUAAUAUAUUGUGAAAUAUGUAUGCGUGUGGCAUUUGAAAACAUGUUGUUGGGCUUUUGGAAGCACUGAGUAGGGUGAUGGUCUGCACACUGUAAUGGCUCCAAAAAGUU